AUGGCCUUGAGAAAACGGACACGUUUUAUACUUGUACAAAGUACAAGUAAUGCUAAUGUAAAUGAAGAUAAUAUGGAACCAUAUCAUAUAAGUAUAUUUCGACGUUCAACAUCAAUGCCACCAUUACCAAAAUUAUCAUCAUCAAAGAAAAUUAAUUUUUCUCAACGCGAACAACAACAACACCAACAAUCUAUUGUAGUUUCAAAAUAUCAACGACAUGAAAAAGAUGAAACAUUAACAAAUAAAUUUUAUAAAUUAAAUAUUCAUACAAUGAAAAAAAAAUCUGCACGAAUUAGUAUGCGUUUAUCAAAUGCAUUUGGUUUAUCAGUACAUACAAUUGAUGAACAAUUUAAUUUUCAAGAACAACGUUUUCGUGCUAUUGAAAAAUUUUCAAAAUUAUUUCUACGAAAUAUUUAUUCAUGUAUUGAAGCACUUAGGGAAAGUUUUAUAACACAAGUUGAUGUUGCCGAAGAUUUUGAAGAAUUAUUAAUCGAUAAAAUACCUGAUUUAGCUCAACAAUUUCUUCGAUUAAAACGUUCAUUACUUGAACAUACUUUUACAGAAUUUUGUAAUCAUAUUGAAUUAUAUGUUUUUCAACCAAUAAAUACUUUAAUACAAUUAUUUACUCGACCAACAAAUCUUAUUUCGAAAAGACAUAAAAAAUUAUUAGAUUAUGAUAGUGCACAAUCAGCUUAUGAAAAAGUUAAAGAUCAACAAUUAAAACAAGCUAAACAAACACUUAAUUUAUCAAAACAAACAUAUGAAUUAUUAAAUAAUCAAUUAUUAGAAGAAUUACCUAUUUUAUAUGAAUAUAGUUGUCAAAUAUUAUCAAUAUGUUUAAAAGAAUUUCUACAUGGACAUUUAUAUUUAAUGCAACAAAUGCGAAUAAAUAUUCAAAUUGUACUUAAUCAAAUAAUACCACUUAUUAAUUUUCAACAAUUAAAUUGGCAAGAAAUUGUUAAUCGUUUUAUUGUAAAAAAUAAUACAGCUACUGAAGGAUUAAAUCAAUUAAUAAUAACAUCAAAGAAUUUUUCUGAAAGAAUAAAAAAUUUAUCAACUAUACAAUUAUCUUCAAUAAUGAGUAAUCUUUAUAAUUCUGAUAAAGAUACAUAUAUACAAACAGAUGAAAUACGAAAUUUAUUAAAAAAUAAUUAUCCAGAACAAGAUUUAUUUAUUGUUAUUCAAGAUUAUACUAGUAAUUCUUAUAAUAAUCAAUUAACAAAUUCAAAAUCAGAUUUUAGUGUUCGAAAUGGUGAUCUUGUUAUUAUUCUUAAUCAACAUGAUAAGAAUAAUAUCAAUUCAAAUUGUUUUGUUGAUAAUGGAGUUGCACGAGGUUAUCUACCUCGUUCAAUUCUUAUUCCAUUAUUAUCUAAUAAUCAAUCAGAAGUUCUUUCUUCUAUACCAAUUUGUCAUGAUAUAUCAGUAUUUUCACAAAUUUCUUUACCAUUAUCUCAUGUAAAUUCAAGAUUAAAUAAUGAACAACCUCGAAAAAUUUUAACAGAACCUGAAAUAUGUUUAAUUAAUUCUUCUCAUAAUUUAGAAAAUGAAAAUGAACCAAUUUAUUUAAAUCAACUUAAUUAUCAAUUAUCAACAAUUGAAAUUGAUGAAACACAUCAAUAUGCUUCAAUUGAUUUUGAUGAUUCAAUUAUACCUAUCUCGAAUGAACAAGAACGAAUUUAUAUUGCAUUAUAUGAUUUUGAUUGUACAAUUGAUGGUGUUCUUUGUUUACAUAUUGGUGAACAAUUAAAAGUUUUACAAUAUUCAGAUGAUGAUCAAAAUAAAGAAUGGUGGUAUGUGGAAAAAAUUAAUGAUACAAGACAACGUGGUUAUGUACCUGCAAAUUAUAUUCAAGCUGUUUAA